CCCCAUUCACGGUUCAGGGCAUCGACCUGCCCGGAUCCAGCGUUCAGGGGACGCGGCUCUAUCGGGCACGAAUUCCCGAUGCACGAGGAAGUAGCCUCGCCGCCCGCAGUAGCGCGCGGGGAAAGGUUCGGCAGCGCUUGUCCCGUAACGUACCCCCAACCCUGCCGCUCCUUAACCAAAGCGCAGGAGGAGGGGGCGGCGCUGGACUGUGACCUUCCGAUUGGCCUUUCAUGAGCGAGGCGGUGGGCGUGGUUUCGCGGCUGCUGUGGGUGGAGGGGGAACUGCUGUGGAGAUGGGGAGUCGGACGGAGGUUUUAAAGCUUUUCAGAACAUUGCAUAGAACACGGCAACAGGUUUUUAAAAAUGACGCAAGAGCCUUAGAAGCUGCAAGACAGAAGAUAAAUGAAGAGUUCAGAAACAAUCAGAAUGAGACUUCUUCGGAAAGAAUAGCAGAGCUUAUGAAAAUAGGUUCAGAUGUUGAAGUUCUACUCAGAACAUCUGUUAUACAGGGACUUCACUCAGGUUCAGAUAGACUGUGUGUACUCUUAUUUCUGACAGCACAGGACAUUGUCAAGUUUGAAAACAAGUUUUUUGCAGCUAAGAGCUUAUGUUAGUCACAUGCAGAAUCUCACUGAACAGAUUUUUGAGACAUUGCUAUGCAACCUGUCAAGUCAACUUAUCCACUGUUGUGCAAGAGAGUUGGCUCUAGUCAACUUGUUUUUAUUCUGCAGACAAACUGAUACAAGUGGAGCUUUUCUUACUUCAGUGUACCACAUCUGCAGUGCAUCCUGAUGGUUUUGACUUUGGGUUUGCUAUAGUAACGGGUGGGUUGUGCGCCAUAGUUUAUUUUUCAGUGAGAGGUCAUGAGGUUCUGUCCCCAUCUGCCUUUUUUAUUUGUCUGUACUUCCUCCUCUGUCCUGCUUGGGUUUUGUAUUCCUCUCUCAUGCAUACAGUAUUGUCAUUAAAAUGUAGAGAAAAAGGUAGAUGUGAACCCUGGGGCACAAAUGUUUCCUUCGUAGGUAGAACAUAAACAAAAUAUUUUUCAGUCCAUUUAGAAAUGUGUUUAAAUACUGUUUUAGUACCACAGCCAGAAAAUGAAAAAGAAAUGCAGCUUCAAGGGAAGUAAUUUCCUUGCUUUUAUGGAAAAAUGACAGUUUGAAUGAGAUGUGGCUGAUUACAUACAUUGAAUGGAAUUUGGAGCAUUUUAGAGGUUUACUGUACCUUUGUUUAGUAAUUCCCUGAUUAAUCAAAUUACAGGAUUGUGUUUGUAGCCAUGGUGCCUCAGUUUGUAGGUAGGGUAACUUGUGCAAAGUCCUCAGGUGCAGAACUCCCAAGUGAAUAUCAAAGGAGCCAGAUGUUCAAAACUUUAUUAGAGCCAAUGGCAGUUAGCACAGUGCACAGCCAAGAGAAACCUAACAGACUUUUUUUUUCUCUCCUGCAAUAAAUGUCACCUUACACUUACCUUUUCUGCUAUUUUUAAAACAGGAACAGUACAGAUAAAUAUUGCAGACAUUAAAUGAGAUGUCUGUAUAUUUUAAAGUAUUUUAUGCAUUUUGAAAUUCAUAUUUAAAUACACUGAAAUCAGGAUUACCAGAAACAUUGUAAUUUGCCAUCCUGUUUUGCUAUGAUGUCUUCACAUGAGAACUGGCAAAAUGUAACAAUGAUAGACUGUUAAAAUAUAUGCCAAGAUAUUAUUAACAGCAAUUAGGUAGAGGAGGUGCAAGAAAUUUCUGAUGAACAGAAUGCAAAAUGUUAGUACAUUUUUGUUGAUUACAAAAUUACCAUAGUGCUUCUCAUAGGUUUUAUUUAAAACUAGAUAUUCUGUAGUAAACCGCUUCAUUGCUUGUACAAAUAAUAAAGGCCAUGUAUAUUUUUGUAGAUUAUGAUGAUAAAACACUGUUUUUACUGAUUAUAUAAUUU